AUGUCUGCUCCAAUCAACAAAGAAAAAGUUCAAGAACAAGAACAAGAAAUCCACAAAAUCAGAAUCACUUUAACUUCUACCAAAGUUAAACAAUUAGAAAAAGUUUCUGCUAACAUCAUCAGAAAUGCUGAUCAAUCUGAUAUUGUUAAAAAAGGUCCUGUUAGAAUGCCAACUAAAGUUUUAAAAAUCACCACCAGAAAAACUCCAAAUGGUGAAGGUUCCAAAACUUGGGAUACUUAUGAAAUGAGAAUUCACAAAAGAGUUAUCGAUUUACAAGCUCCAGCUUCAAUCGUUAAAAGAAUUACUCAAAUCACCAUCGAACCAGGUGUCGAUGUUGAAGUUACCAUUGCUGCUUAA